GCGCGCGGCGGGGGCGGUCGGGCGGGGCUCCAGCCUAGAAGGUGCGUGCGGGGCUGAGUCCCGGAGUGGGAGACGUGGAGUGCAGAUUGUGCCCUGCCCCCUUCCCUCCUGUUUCACUGGGAGGGGGCACACCUGCUGGUGGAGGUGCCCCCUACACCAGCGAGGAAGCAGGGCAUGAGGACCAGCCUGGACAUUGCACUGGAGCCCCAGGGUUGGCUGGACUGGGCUGCCAGGCCCCCCUUCUCCCUGCGGUGAGCCCGGACCGGCGCGCUCACUGCGCAGACUCCCCGCUGCAGUGGGCGGAGCCCCCUCGGGCCCCGCCCCCUCCUUCCUCCCGCCCCUGCUCAGCCUGUGGGGGCAGAAGCUGGGGCCCCGUGGAGGUAGCAGCAGCCGCCUGCCGAUUUGGAGACCCUGACACACCCACUUUCCCGCUGGAAUCUGUAUAACCCCUGGCUGCCAGCAAGAUGAAGCCUAAACUGAUGUACCAGGAGCUGAAGGUGCCUGCUGAGGAGCCCACCAGCGAACUACCCAUGAACGAGAUCGAGGCAUGGAAAGCUGCAGAAAAGAAAGCCCGUUGGGUCCUGCUGGUCCUCAUCCUGGCGGUUGUGGGCUUCGGUGCCCUGAUGACUCAGCUGUUUCUAUGGGAAUACGGCGACUUGCAUCUCUUUGGGCCCAACCAGCGCCCAGCCCCCUGCUAUGACCCUUGCGAAGCAGUGCUGGUGGAGAGCAUUCCCGAGGGCCUGGACUUCCCCAAUGCCUCCACGAGCAACCCCUCCACCAGCCAGGCGUGGCUGGGCCUGCUCGCCGGUGCCCACAGCAGCCUGGACAUUGCCUCCUUCUACUGGACCCUCACCAACAAUGACACCCACACUCAGGAGCCCUCUGCUCAGCAGGGCGAGGAGGUCCUCCGGCAGCUACAGACCCUGGCACCCCGAGGUGUGAAGGUCCGCAUUGCCGUGAGCAAGCCAAGUGGGCCCCAGCCCCAGGCAGAUCUGCAGGCCCUGCUGCAAAGCGGUGCCCAGGUCCGCAUGGUGGACAUGCAGAAGCUGACCCAUGGCGUCCUGCACACCAAGUUCUGGGUGGUAGACCAGACCCACUUCUACCUCGGCAGUGCCAACAUGGACUGGCGUUCCCUGACCCAGGUCAAGGAGCUGGGCGUGGUCAUGUACAACUGCAGCUGCCUAGCUCGAGACCUGACCAAGAUCUUCGAGGCCUACUGGUACCUGGGCCAGGCGGGCAGUUCCAUCCCGUCAACCUGGCCCCGGCUUUAUGACACCCGCUACAAUCAAGAGACACCAAUGGAAAUCUGCCUCAAUGGAACCCCUGCUCUGGCCUACCUGGCAAGUGCACCCCCACCACUGUGUCCAAGUGGCCGCACCCCAGACUUGAAAGCCCUGCUCAACGUGGUGGACAAUGCCCGGAGUUUCGUCUACAUCGCGGUCAUGAACUACCUGCCCACCAUGGAGUUCUCCCACCCGCACAGGUUCUGGCCUGCCAUUGACGACGGGCUGCGGCGGGCUGCCUAUGAGCGGGGCGUCAAGGUGCGCCUGCUGGUCAGCUGCUGGGGGCACUCUGAGCCAUCCAUGCGGGCCUUCCUGCUCUCCCUGGCCGCCCUGCGUGACAACCACACCCACUUUGACAUCCAGGUGAAACUCUUUGUGGUCCCUGCGGACGAGACCCAGGCCCGAGUCCCUUACACCCGCGUCAACCACAACAAGUACAUGGUGACUGAACGUGCCACCUACAUCGGAACCUCCAACUGGUCCGGCAGCUACUUCACCGAGACGGCGGGCACCUCGCUGCUGGUGACGCAGAACGGGCGGGGCGGCCUGCGGAGCCAGCUGGAGGCCGUUUUCCUGAGGGACUGGGACUCCCCUUACAGCCAUGACCUUGACACCUCAGCCGACAGCGUGGGCAACGCCUGUCGCCUGCUCUGAGGCCCGGUCCAGCGGACAGGCCAGGCCUGCGAGGCCCCCGCGGGCCCGGGUGUUCCGGGUCUCGAUCCCUGUCCCCGCGCCCCUGCUUCUGUCUGCCCCAUUGUGGCUCCCACAGGCUCCCCCCCUGCUCUCCCGCUUCUACCUCCGCCCCCGCCAGCCUGAUGCUGUGGCCGCAGAGGACCCAGCCAAGCUGGGGGAGGGAUCAGCCCCCGAAGAAGUAGGGGUGCAUGCUGGGCCUGGCCCCCUGGCCCACCCCACUUUCCAGGGCAAAGAGGGCCUGAGGUCAUAAUAAGAAGUAAAUAACUUGUGUGUA